UAUUUUUCCGCUCUCAUAACCCCCGAAUAGCUGUCAUUUUGGGUGACUUGUUGUUUAUCUCCAGAUUUUCACAAAAAUGGUCCGGUGCGAAUACUGCAAGAAAAAAUCAACAAAAUGGAAACAAUUGUCCUUCCACAGAUUUCCAAAGGAUGAAAUGCUCAAGACGGAGUGGAUCAACCGACUGGGCCGGACAAACUGGAGGCCAAAGGAGUGGUGUGCCUUAUGCUCCGAACAUUUUGCCACGAAUUGCAUCGACUUUCGGGACAAAGUGGCGAAACUGCGGAAAGGUAGUAUCCCAACAAUUUUUGAACACGACAAGGACAACCAGUCGGUGUCAGAACAUUCCUCGCAGAGUAUCGACAAUCCAAAAAAACUGAGAAAAAUUGAGAAUGAAGAAGGUUCAUCGAAGGACAUUAGUGAUAAUAACGAGGAGAACCGUAAACGACACAAAACCGAAGGCAGUAUUCCCAGAUCUCCGUCAACAGGCUGUUCAACCAAUGGACAGGAGAGGAAUGGCGGCAGGACGCCCCUUGAGGCAUUGACUCAUGACCACACUUACGCACACUCUCUGGAAGUUUUGGAACGGAAACUGUCCGCUGCUCUGUCUAAAAUUGACGAAUUAGCUAGAAAGAAUAAACUAUCUAGCCAAAAGGAGACGCGUGCUGUGAAGAAGUUGAAAAAAGUGAAAGAUGCCUUAGCGGACUUACGCAGGACUCAUCAGAUUCUUCAAGACAGUUCGUAUCAUUUGGAUGGUUUCGAGAAUAUCCCUACAGCACUCUUCAAGCGCAUGAACAGGAGCAUGAAACAGGGAAGCCUGACAAAAGAUAAAUAUCCCGCUGAAUUGAGGGUGAAAUCGGUAAUGCAACUGUUAAUAGAUAUUGCAGGAGAUUACCUGUAUCUUCCUACAUGGAAAGGACUAUGGCCACUCCUUUUCUGUUGAGAAUUUUUAUUUAAAGACGGACAUGCUCAGUAGAUUUUUGUUCUUCAUUACUUGAUAAAUGAAC